UACCCAACAACACAGUAUCCAACAACACAGUACCCAACAACACAGUACCCAACAACACAGUAUCCAACAACACAGUACCCAACAACACAGUACCCAACAACACAGUACCCAACAACACAGUACCCAACAACACAGUACCCAACAACACAGUACCCAACAACACAGUAUCAAACAACACAGUAUCAAACAACACAGUAUCCAACAACACAGUACCCAACAACACAUUACCCAACAACACAGUACCCAACAACACAGUAUCCAACAACACAGUAUCAAACAACACAGUACCCAACAACACAGUAUCCAACAACACAGUACCCAACAACACAUACCCAAACACAGUAUCCAACAACACAGUAUCCAACAACACAGUACCCAACAACACAGUACCCAACAACACAGUACCCAACAACACAGUAUCCAACAACACAGUACCCAACAACACAGUAUCAAACAACACAGUAUCAAACAACACAGUAUCCAACAACACAGUACCCAACAACACAGUACCCAAACACAGUAUCCAACAACACAGUAUCCAACAACACAGUACCCAAACACAGUAUCCAACAACACAGUACCCAAACACAGUAUCCAACAACACAGUAUCCAACAACACAGUACCCAACAACACAGUACCCAACAACACAGUAUCAAACAACACAGUAUCAAACAACACAGUACCCAACAACACAGUAUCCAACAACACAGUACCCAACAACACAGUAUCAAACAACACAGUACCCAACAACACAGUACCCAACAACACAGUACCCAACAACACAGUACCCAACAACACAGUACCCAACAACACAGUACCCAACAACACAGUAUCCAACAACACAGUAUCCAACAACACAGUACCCAACAACACAGUAUCCAACAACACAGUACCCAACAACACAGUAUCAAACAACACAGUACCCAACAACACAGUACCCAACAACACAGUAUCAAACAACACAGUAUCCAACAACACAGUAUCCAACAACACAGUACCCAACAACACAGUACCAAACAACACAGUAUCAAACAACACAGUAUCCAACAACACAGUACCCAACAACACAGUAUCAAACACAGUAUCCAACAACACAGUAUCCAACAACACAGUACCCAACAACACAGUACCCAACAACACAGUACCCAACAACACAGUACCCAACAACACAGUAUCAAACAACACAGUAUCAAACAACACAGUAUCAAACAACACAGUAUCAAACACAGUAUCCAACAACACAGUACCCAACAACACAGUAUCAAACACAGUAUCCAACAACACAGUACCCAACAACACAGUAUCCAACAACACAGUAUCAAACACAGUACCCAACAACACAGUACCCAACAACACAGUAUCAAACAACACAGUAUCAAACAACACAGUAUCAAACAACACAGUAUCAAACAACACAGUAUCAAACAACACAGUAUCAAACACAGUAUCCAACAACACAGUAUCCAACAACACAGUACCCAACAACACAGUAUCAAACACAGUAUCCAACAACACAGUAUCCAACAACACAGUACCCAACAACACAGUACCCAACAACACAGUAUCCAACAACACAGUAUCAAACACAGUACCCAACAACACAGUACCCAACAACACAGUAUCCAACAACACAGUACCCAACAACACAGUACCCAACAACACAGUAUCCAACAACACAGUAUCAAACACAGUACCCAACAACACAGUACCCAACAACACAGUACCCAACAACACAGCCCCCGACCUCCAGGCCCCCGACCUCCAGGCCCCCGACCUCCAGGCUCCCGACCUCCAGGCCCCCGAGCUCCGACCUCCAGGCCCCCGACCUCCAGGCCCCCGACCUCCAGGCCCCCGACCUCCAGGCCCCCGAAUAAAAGGCAGUAAAUAG